CGUAAUCCAAACCGUCAAAAUCAUAGACCAAACAAAAACUAGAAUCCGGAUUGGGUGGCCCAAACAGCUUCAAAUAUUCGGCUUUCAUUCAUCAACAUGGGUUUAGGAUAAGCAUUUUCAGAGGACCGACUGUUAAAAAAAAAAAAGAAGAAGCGGGUUUUAUUGUUAUUCCUGUUAUUCCCGGUGGUCCGUACAAUCCCAUUUCUCUAAGGUUAUACGUUAAUCAAGUGUAGAGAUGGAUGUUUAUGCCACUUGGCUUCCGAAUUCAUCAGAUAUGGGGUGCGCUUGUUUUCCAUCGACGAGAGCUUCCUGCUUUCAGAUGCAACGUGUUAUUUCAGAUCGAAAAUGCAGUCUUGCAGGAAGCAAGGAUAUGUAUGCGGGAGUUCUUACACACCUAUCGCCAUUGGCAUCUCGAAGUAGGCCAGCUUUGGCACUUCGAAUUUCAAAUUCGGCUUCUGGUGUUAGUAGCACCAGUUCACGAAGGACGACACCGUUGAGAAAAAGAGGUGAGAAGGAUGCUGUCACGCUUGAGAAAUCAAGCAGUGCCAUGGAACAGCUUGACUUCGAGCGUGGUGUUUGUAUUCCUUUCCGAAAGUAUACUCCAGAGACAGUCAGAAAUAAAGUUUUGGAAUCUAGAGGGGCUAUACUAUCACUUAUCGGUCGUGGAGUAGAAAUAGUUUGGAGUCUGGGUUUUUACUGGUCUACCCUUAUGUACGACUUCUUGGUCGGAAGGGAUGAGGAAGUAGUUCCCUAUCGUGCACGUCAGCUGCGAAACCUUUUGUGUGAUUUAGGACCGUCUUUUAUCAAGGCUGGCCAGGUUCUGGCAAAUAGGCCUGAUAUUAUUCGGGAAGAUUAUAUGAACGAACUCUGCAUCCUCCAAGAUGAUGUUCCUCCAUUUCCUAAUCAGGAAGCCUUCAGUAUUAUUGAAGAGGAAUUAGGGCAACCUCUUGAGAAGAUCUUCAGCAAAAUUUCAGCACGGACAAUAGCAGCUGCAAGUCUCGGUCAAGUCUAUCGUGCCACACUGCGUGAUUCAGGCGAGGAUGUGGCCAUUAAGGUACAAAGGCCUGGAAUAGAGCCCAUAAUCUAUCGAGAUCUCUUCCUAUUCCGCACCCUAGCUUCAUUCUUGAACGGGAUUAGUCUGCAGAAACUGGGUUGCAAUGCAGAGCUCAUUGUUGAUGAAUUUGGAGAGAAGCUUUUGGAGGAGCUUGACUACACUCUGGAGGCCCGAAAUAUUGAAGAUUUUUUGGAGAACUUCAAAAAUGAUCCAACAGUCAAGAUUCCUCGGGUUUAUAAAAAACUUUCAGGUUCACGAGUUCUGGUAAUGGAGUGGAUCGAUGGCAUCCGAGGCACUAACCCACAGGCUAUUAAAGAAGCAGGCAUCGACAUUAAUGGUUUUUUGACGGUUGGAGUGAGUGCUGCUUUGAGACAAUUGCUAGAAUUUGGGUUAUUUCAUGGAGACCCACAUCCUGGGAAUAUAUUUGCUAUGCGUGAUGGUCGUAUCGCAUAUGUAGACUUUGGGAAUGUUGCUGUGCUUAGCCAGCAAAAUAAACAAAUUUUGAUCGAUGCUGUUGUCCAUGCGGUAAAUGAGGACUAUGUUGAGAUGGCAAAUGAUUUCACGAGGCUUGGUUUCCUUGCUAGCGGAACAGAUGUAUCUCCAAUUAUUCCAGCUUUAGAAGCAAUUUGGCAAAAUUCAGUGGGAAAAGGACUUUCUGACUUUAAUUUUCGUAGUGUUACUGGGAAGUUCAAUCAACUUGUUUACCAGUACCCAAUUCGUAUCCCAGAGAGGUUUUCCCUUGUUAUUCGCUCUUUAUUGACUCAAGAAGGCAUCUGUUUCACACUGGAGCCAGAUUUUAAGUUUCUUGAGGUUGCAUAUCCAUAUGUGGCAAAACGUCUGCUAACAGACCCCAACCCUGCUCUUCGUGAACGUCUCAUACAGGUUCUUUUUAAAGAUGGAGUUUUCCAGUGGAAACGACUUGAAAACCUCAUUGUUCUAGCGAAGGAAAAUGUAACCAAGAUGAACAACAAUCCUGCAUUGCAAGUGAAAAACAUGCAAAGAACAAGAGAUUUGCAAUUUGAAAGGAAAUUGGACCUUACCAACACUAUAAAGGAUGGAGCUCGCAUGUUCUUGGUCGAUGCCAGCAUUCGUCGACAGCUUAUUCUAGCUUUGACUGAAGACUCCAAGCUUCACAUCCAAGAGCUGGUGGACGUAUAUCGAUUGGUGGAAGAUGAUGUAGACAUACCCUCAGUGGCAGUGAAUGUCAUACAAGAACUACCGGCUGUUACUCGUGAUAUCAUGCUGUCGUGGAGUGAGUCUAUUCUGUCGGAUCGCUGACCUAAGCUUGUAACUGAUGGGUUGACUACGACCGCUCAUCUGCUGAUUAGAUUGCUUUGGGUUGCAUUGUUCGGGUGAUUUUGUCCGUUGGAUUGGUUCUACUAUACUGUAUUCAAGUUGUGUAUAGCUGCAAGAUUUCCUUAAAAAUCAUGAAACGAUGCUCAUGUGGAUGCAAAAGAGGUCUUUCCAAUACCACACAAAAGUGUCCCAUUUCAUGAUUUUUUGAAAUUCUACUGAGAGUUAAAAUUCCAAAAUCACAAAUUAUCUUCCUCUACUCCUGAAAUGGCCAUGAGCCAAACGCGGCCUUAGGUAUUUCUUUUUCCAAGUACUGCGCUCCUUGCGUAUUUACAUCACCUUGAUUUUGUAAGUAACUUUUUGGGGCUUAUAUGCAAUUUGUAUAUUUUAAUUUUUA